UUUGGUGUGUAUGUUUAUUGUUGAAGCAAAUGUUCUCCCCAGGGGCACAAUUCAGGCUGUAGGAAGAACAUGAAUUUCACAUGAGGAGCAUUAGGCAGCAUCCCUGAAGGGUGGAGCUGCUGGGGACACAAAGCAAGUUCGAAGUGAUCAGUAACUUUGCUCCAUGCAACCUCUGAUCUUCCAGCAGCAGUGGCAGAGUUACUUGGCAAGCACUGCAGGCACAGCUCCCACACGUUUGUCUGGCAUUAACAUCCCAGAAUGAAAGACAAAAGUUGCAAGUUAUAUCUGCUUCCAGUAGGCCUGUUAUUAUCGAUUCUGCAUUCUGCAAUGAUACCAGAAGUCUUAUCAAUAGACACUACCACUUCUUUGAGUUCUUCUAUAGGAGUCUCUGCCAUGACGUCAGUUACUGGACCUAGCCCAAAAUCUACUGAUUCUAGCCCAGCACCAACUGAUACUUCAGAGAACCCAAGCACUAAACAUGAAACAGAUUCCAGUAGCAUGGACACAACAUCAAUGGGAGCAACAGUUAUUCCCCCUGCAAGUACAUCUGUGGCCAUGACCACCAUAGCAACUACAACCACUGCAACCACUAUUGCAUACAGUGCACUGAAAUGCCGUUCGUUUAAAUGUACCGGAUUGAACUGCUUGGCAAAUGAAGUAAAUGCAACAGUUAAGCCCUGUCGGGUGGGAAUAUCCCACUGUGAGCUGCAAAAAGUUGUGGGUUCUGGAAAUACGAUCUCCUAUGAGGGUGGCUGUAGCAACACCUGUGCCACAAGCAAAAGCUCCUGCGCCAGCAUUCCAAAUGCAAAUUGUUUCCAAGAGUGCUGCAAUGCCAUUAAGACAGGCUGCUGUAUGAUUCUUGAUGGCCAAGUGCAUUUUAAUACAGCCAUGGACAUUAGCAGGAGAUCCAUCGGGAAUCUUUUUUCCUUAGCUCUACUUGUGAUUUUUACUUCCCAUUUCUUUUCCUCCCUCUAAGAUUGCAUGUAAAUUAUUAAAUAUUGAUUUAGUUCAUCAUUGGAUGCUGAAAAUACAGGGCUUGUGGAACUUCAUAAUCUUUGUUAAUGCUUAUUAUAACACACUGAUUUCUCAGAAGAGGGUGAUGGGAGUAAAGGGCCACCGCAUGCAAACAAGUCAUAUGAUUGGGAGGUCAUGCUAACUUCAUUCCACUGGCAACUCUUUGCAUUGCUAAACUACAGGCACUUGACUGGUAGGCUGGGAGUAUAAGUAGACAUCUUUAUGAGUAUAGUGUAAAAACUCCAUUCGGGAAUAUUUUAAAUAUGUUAGAAAAAUAGGUCUAAUAUUUAAAAAAAAUGCAUCUGCAAGAAAAGGAAUAUUUUAUACUGAUAACAUUAUAUAUCAUAUACAACCAAUAAUGUUGUAUAAUGUUUUAAACUACCCUACUAUAAUUGCCAGCUGACCCUAAUUUGCUAGGAUAUUUUUGUGAGCUUCUUUUAUUACUGAUCUUUACAGCAACCCUGUUGUUUCUGAACAAAUCCCCAGCACUCACCAAUGGUAGGCAAAGAUUACACCACACUAAAGACGCUGUAGUUCAAAAGCAUCAACAUUUAAAUUUUUAGAAAACUAUUCAAUAAAAUACUUGAGCUUGUGUAAAAUAGUCUGAACUGCCAUUAUAUAUAAAUAUGUAUAUUUUAUAAAUACAGUCAUAAAUGGUUCUUCAUCUAAAAUUAUGAUAGGCUUCCAGAGAUGCAUUCCCAUCCCCACCCCCAAAGGCAGGAAAAGGUCAUUUAACCCCUCCCAAACCUUUUCCAAUGUUGAAGCGAUGGAUUCUGGGAGUUGAAAUCCCUCUGCUUUCCAUGGUAGGCACUGAACUAAUUCUCUGCCAAUGUCCAGAGGAAGACCAUCAUGGCAUCCACUCAAUCUAGGUCUACCACGUUUUCAUCUUCACCACUCCAUGGGUUGUAGCAGGUGAUAUAAGAAGUGAAUAGCCAUGACAUGGUGACCUGUGAUUGGCUGCAUUGCUCAGCAAUCAGUGGAGAGUUCUGCCCGGGUUCUAAAAUCUGGUAUUGCUUUUUUGUAUUAAUCAUCUUUCAAUUCAGGCCCUCUUCUAUUCAUGUCAUAGUCUCUCAUUUAAAUCAAUGCAUGGUUGCUAGGGUAAUUGGAUCAGAUUGCUGAAAUUGCAAAUUGGAACACUCAAAAACUACAAACAAUAAUAAUGAAAAACAAUUGUAAAUUGUCUGAGAAUAUCACUCAUUACAUCAAACAAAAAGUUAACUCAAAAGAGAACAACCCCUUUUUAGCAAAACUUUUCCCUUUAUGAGAUAAAAAAAGCAUUGUUAUUCCCUACCUACUCCACCUUUGUGGCCCUCCGUGUCACUUAACUUUCAAUGGAUCUUUUGCUUUCUCCAGACUUCAGUAAUAUAAAAGUAGAUAUUCAAUUAUUUUACCCUGGUAUGGAAACUAUGAAUUGUAGUGUAUUACCUGCUAGCUGACAGAUGCUGGUUAUUAAUACAGUUGUUGGUCUGACAAGACUAAACUUGAUGUUUGGUUGACUAUGUAGCUUACUUGUGCACCUAUAGUAAUAAAGGAACCCAUAUCUAUGCUGCUUGAAAAGUUAUGUACAACUCAUUCACACUUAUACAACUGGGCAGUAACCCAGUUGGAAAAAAAGGCAUAGGGUACAUAGCAGAUAACAGAUAAGCCUGGUAAAAUACCAUUCUAUUAUACAGAGUUUAUCUGCUAUGUAACCUAACGGUAUGCCUUUCCUCCUUUUUUCCAGCUUGAAUGGCAGCCUCCCUGGCUUGUUUAUAUACACUAUAGUAGUCUUUCAGAAGCAAACAUAGAUCUUUAGAUUGCAGGGCAGCUGUACAUUAUAUAUUAAUUACCUUAAUACACUUUAAAUUUUUGGUGGGACUGUUCCUUUAAGUAAACAUUUAUUGUAUGUUAUAGAAUGGCUAGUUCUAAGCAAGUUUUUAAUUGGUCUUCAUUUUUGUAUAGUUUUUUUUAAUAAUUUGCCUUUCCAGUUUUUAAAUGGGAGUCGCUGAUCCCAACAUCCAAAACACUCUUUAUAUGUGAGGCUACAGUUUAGUUGAUAUUGUUACUUUUUAUUAAUUAUCUCUCUCUCUCUUUACACCAUCUCCUAUUCAUAUUCCAUUCUCUCAUUCAAACCACUGCCUGGUUGCUAAGGUAAUUCGGACCACAGCAAACAAAUAGCUGCUGAAUUUCCAAACUGGAGAACUGCUUUACUAAAAAUUAAUGAUUAAAAAAAAUAUAUAAUGCAAAAAUAAGACCAACUGCAAAUUGUCUUAGAACAUCAAUCUCUACAUCAUACUAAAAGUUAACUUAAAGGUAAACAACCCCUUUAAGAGACUGUAUUGGGUAAACGCUAUAACAAUGUGUGAAAAUCAUGUUCAACUUCAAUUUCAACUGCAAUAAAGAUUGAUAAAUA